AUUUACGAUCGACUGGUAGGUUAAUGACGAUUGAAAGCGCUAUGGAGAACUCAUUGUCAAGGACUUAAGCUAAUUGCCCUCAUUUAAUAAAUGGAAGGUGGGCCUUUUGAAUAUCACUGUGCAGCGACUCAAGCUUUUGGUUUCGUGUAAGUGUCAGUGGAUUUUAAUUACUUGACACGCAAAUUGGCCUCGCCAUGAAGUGUACAGUUAUUGAAUAAAUUAUCUAAUAAAAUCAUAUAAGCCCUUGUAUUUUGGCUACGCGUCACACAUCCUCCUUCCAGUAGAUCCGGGUGACAGCAUGGAAAAGCAAACAAGUGUCACCUGUAAUCAGUGAAAUGGCACAUAUACGACAUUGUUGUUAGUCAUUUACUGACUAGGGAGAUGGCAUGCAAGUGGCCGACUCUUCACUGUGUAGGAGUUGUAGUUUCUAGCUGCUAUUGUAACAAAACUUCAAUAGACUAAUCGAGAAUCAAAGUGAACUUGUGGACCUUGCUGCUCAUCUGGCCACAAUGCCAUCGACACUGUUCGUCUUGUUGCUGCUGGCGGCGUCAUGUAGCCUGGGACGUGCCAUGUCACGGGACGAGAAACUCAAGUUGCGGAACCAAGUGGUAGAGAUGUUCGACCAUGCGUACCAGAAUUACAUGGACCAUGCUUAUCCAGCCGAUGAGCUGAUGCCGCUAACAUGCCGAGGAAGAGUACGAGGACUAGAACCCAGUCGGGGCGACGUGGACGAUGCGCUCGGAAAGUUCUCGUUAACCCUCAUAGACACUCUGGAUACGCUUGUGCUUUUGAACAAGACGGUGGAGUUUGAGGCUGCAGUCAGGAGAGUCUUGUCAGACGUCAGGUUGGACAAUGACAUCGUGGUGUCGGUAUUUGAAACCAACAUUCGAGUCCUUGGAGGUCUGUUGGGCGGACACUCCAUGGCUUUGAUGCUGAAGGAAGAAGGACACCAUAUGCGGUGGUACCAAGACGAGCUGCUGCACAUGGCCAAAGACCUGGGCCUCCGACUUCUGCCAGCGUUCAACACCAGCAGUGGCCUUCCUUACCCCCGGGUGAACUUGAAAUACGGCGUUAGGGGUCCUGAGACGCGGACGGGCACAGAAACGGACACCUGCACAGCAUGCGCCGGAACCAUCAUCCUGGAAUUUGCUGCCUUAAGUCGCUUCACUGGGGAUCCCGUGUUUGAGGCACAUGCCCGGAGAGCCCUGGACUUUCUUUGGGAGAAGAGGCAGAGGAAUAGCAAUCUGGUGGGAACCACCAUUAACAUCCACUCAGGAGAGUGGGUCCGCCGCGACAGCGGCGUUGGAGCAGGGAUUGACUCGUACUACGAAUACCUCCUCAAGGCCUAUGUUCUUCUGGGAGAUGACCAAUUUCUUCAGCGCUUCAACAUUCACUAUGCAUCCAUCAUGAAGUACAUAAGCCAGCCUCCCCUGCUGUUGGACGUUCACAUCCACAAACCUCUGCUUCCCGCUCGCACUUGGAUGGACUCUCUGCUGGCUUUCUUCCCUGGUCUGCAGGUGUUGAAGGGAGACAUCCGUCCAGCCAUUGAGACUCAUGAAAUGUUGUAUCAAGUUACCAAAAAACACAACUUCCUACCAGAGGCCUUCACAACUGAUUUCAGGGUACACUGGGCCCAGCAUCCACUCAGGCCGGAAUUUGCUGAGAGCACCUAUUUCCUUUACAAGGCCACAGGCGACCCGUACUAUCUUGAAGCGGGUCGCACCAUCAUGGAGAACCUCAACCGCUUUGCUCGGGUCCCGUGCGGGUUCGCUGCCAUGAAGGACGUGCGGACGGGCAGCCACGAGGACCGAAUGGAUUCCUUCUUCCUCGCCGAGAUGUUCAAGUACCUUUUCCUGCUUUUCGCCGACCCGGGUGACCUACGCUUCGACGUGGAGGACUACAUCUUCACGACCGAAGCGCAUCUGUUGCCUCUGUCUCUCUCGACAGCACCCUACGCCCCGUCCGUUCUCACCAACCGAACGAUGCCUCCGUUGGAGCAGGAGCUGGACGACUCCAACUUUGACUGGACCUGCCCCAACACGCGUCUCCUGUUCCCCGACCCGGCCUUCCCCCAUAACCUGAGGGAACCCAUUCGCAGCGCCGUGGACAAGAGCUGCCCGCGCCCCGCUCCUUAUAGGGAGCCCGGCAUGGGGGCGCCUCCUCUGAGAGCUCAGGACUUCAUGGCAAACAACCCGGAACAUCUGGAGCUGCUGAGGAGGAUGGGCGUCAGCCUCAUCCACCUGAAGGAUGGCAGGGUGCAGCUGGUGCAGCAUGCGACGCAGGCUGUGAGCCCCAUAGCGGCAGAGGAUGGCGUCCGCUUCAUGCAGGAGAUGAUGGAGCUUUCCAGCCAGCAGCAGAAGGAGCAGCUGCCUCCCCGAGCCAUUCAAAUCGUCUCUCAUCCCUUCUUCGGCCGAGUGGUGCUGACCGCAGGCCCGGCGCAGUUCGGCACGGACUUGUCCAAAAGCUCCACGGGGGUUCGAGGCUUCGUCACCGUCGCCGAGCCGUACAGCGGCUGCAGCGAGAUCACCAACGGCGAGUACGUGCGCGGCCACAUCGCUCUGCUGCAGAGGGGCCAGUGCAUGUUCGCCGAGAAGGCGCGGCACAUCCAGAAGGCCGGCGCCAUCGGAGGCAUCGUCGUUGACGACAACGAGGGAAGCAGCAGCGACACGGCGCCUCUCUUCCAGAUGGCCGGCGACGGCCGCAACACGGACGACGUCACCCUGCCCCUCCUCUUCCUCUUCCACAAGGAGGGCAACAUCCUGCUGGAGGCGCUGAAGGAGCACAGGGAGGUGGAGGUGCUGCUGAGCGACAAAGCCCGAGACCGAGCUGCCAUAUUCAAAGGUAAAACUCUGCCUGGAAGUCUGUUUGAGGGCAGCUCCGACGUCCACGAGGUGGAGGAGGACUGCCAAACCGAGGCCACCUCACCAGCGGCGUCCGAGUUGGAGGCGACGUCACCGCCAGAUGAUCAGGACGGCGCUCCGGCCUACGGUGAGGACGUCAGUCCAACCGAGGCUGACGCGCCGAAAGUGGACCCUGGGGAGAAAAAGGAGCUUGAGGUGGACGAGGACGACACCGGCCAAUCGGUGGACCGGCUACUGGCCGACUGGCGGGACGACCUGGAGGCCUUCCGGCAAAUGGAGAAAGACGAGCUUUGACGCUUCCAAUCAAACGGUAAUCAAACGCCGGCGUGUCCGUGGCCUCAUCUGCGGACGGCAAGGCAAGGCCGGGCGGCCACACGGGGCAUCGGCGUAGCACGACGGAGGCCUCUUCAACCUGCGUGAUGACGAAUGAGAGCACAGGGUGCUUACCUAAAGUUGCAAAAUUCCAGAACUUUCAAGUUGGAAACUGGGAAUUAAAGGAAGAGUAUGCAGUAUUGACAUCAAGCUUUUGAUGUAACCUCACUUGACUACUCUGUCCCGCUGUUUCUGUCUGCAAGUCUUUCGCCCGCUUGUAGAAAUUUCCUUGAAAUUUCCCUGCCAUUGACUGCACGGCAAAUGAUUGACACCUCGCCAGUCAUGCCUUUUGACGCUGAGCGAUAAUUCCUCAGUGGAUGGAAAAAAAAAAUCCUUAAUUUAUGGACAGGAAUUUACCAAAUUGAAAGUUGGCUCCUAACUCAUCUGCCAAUCCAGGAAACAUGGAUCUUUGACGUCUGUCGCCGUCAAUGGCAGUGAAUGAGUUUUAAUAGUGAACUUUGUCUGCUAACGACAAAACAUAAUCUUUGCUUCAUGCUUGAAUAUGAUUCCUUU